AUGUCAAUUAGCCUUGGGGCAGUAAUAUACGUGGCAUUGAAGCCUGUUUUCAAGAUAUACCUAAUCCUAGGGGUUGGGUUCUUGCUUGCGAAGUACCAGAUUGUUGGUGUAGAAGCUGCUAGAUCCGUUUCAAACAUGGUUGUGAACGCAAUUUUGCCAUGUUUAGUGUUUAACAAAAUCGUUGGAAAUAUUCAAGCACGGGAUAUAAAAGAAAUUGGAACCAUUGUACUCUCUGCUGUAAUAUUGUUCGCCUUAGGUGGAGUCUUCGCCUUAAUGAUUAAAUUCAUACUUCCUGUCCCUAAGAAGUGGGUAUGGGGAGUAAUAUUCGCUGGGUUAUUCCCCAAUAUAUCUGAUCUUCCUAUUGCGUACGUUCAAAGUAUGGGGACUGGGAUAAUAUUUAGUGCAGAUAAUGUAGACAAAGGUGUCGCAUACUGCUGUAUCUUCUUAACUGCCCAAAGUUUCAUGAUGAUGAACUUUGGCAUGUUCAGGUUGGUAGGGUUAGAUUUCAGAGAAUCACCCACUGACAUCGAGAAUUCUACGUCAUUCUCUGAUGAAAGACAGCAUGAUGAUCAGCAGUCCACGAAGGAUAGCGACGAUUCGAAAUCUAUUAAAACUGAUAAAGGAAAGCAAAACGAGAACGAUUCUGCACUCGAUCCGAGAUAUUUCAAUGUGACAAGUAUGGGUCGAAGUUCGAGUCUCAGUGAUAAUCCAAUAGAAAUGUCAGAUUUACAUAGUUUAUCAGAGUCAGAUUUGGCGUCGGAGGACCAAUUAGAUAAUGAUAGACCUCAACUGUUUAGGAAAAACACAUCAAGUAUUGCUGAGCAAGGAACAUCUGAUGGAUCAACCGGAGCGAAGAAAACUUAUUCAAACAUGUCUCAUAAUACAGGCAGCGCUCUGUAUAGAACUGCGUCACUAACACGAGAUGCUUCAAACGCAAACUCACUGGCAUCUCACUCCAUGCAGGCGAAUGGAGUCCGCAGCAGAAGAAGAUCACAGACGAUAAACGAUGUCAUUAGCGAGUACAGUGUUGCAGACAGGGUACGUACAGGGGAAUUGGACCUAAGACGGCCCUUGACAUUAACUGCAGACAUUGGAGAAGAAAACACUGCGUUGGCAAACGAUGAGCUAGAGUCACAUACUAGUGCUUCAGAUGACGAAACUUUCGCAGUUCCUGAAAGUGAUACGAACUCGAUGCACUUAGUGAAGACCGCUACGAAUAAGUCAUUACGGAAGAUGGAUACAUGGUUCCAAAGACACAGCUUGGGACAACUUGAAUACGUGCUAAUAAAUUUUUUCAGACCAGCUUCCCUCGGUGCAUUAUUGGGGAUAAUAUGCUCGAUGAUUCCCUGGGUCCAGGCACUAUUUGUUAACACAUACGUCCAUGUUCAUAAUGCUCCAGAUGGCCUUCCGGUGUUGAAUUUCAUCAUGGAUGCUACCGAGUACAUAGGAAAUGCCUGUGUUCCAUUAGGGUUACUACUAUUAGGAGGCACAAUUGCCAGAUUGGAAGUCAAAUCAAUCCCUCAAGGGUUCAUAUUUGUUGCUAUAGCCAUGGCAACAGUAAGAUUAGCUGUGAUCCCAAUUAUUGGUGUGCUAUGGACAAACAAGAUAUUUAACAUGAACUGGAUAGAGUCAGAUAUAGCAAAACUAGUGAUAAUUCUAACUUUUGCUAUGCCAUCAGCCACUGCUCAAAUCUAUUUCACAGCGUUCUUCACUCCAAUGGAAGGUCCACAUCUACAAAUGGACUGUCUUUCCGUACUAUUCGUGGUACAAUACAUUUUCCUCUUCAUCACUCUACCGUUUGUGGUAUCGUACACUUUGAAAGUGGACCUCAAAUACUAA